AUUGAAGCGUCACUGGUGGACUGUGGUGAUGGCGAUAUGGAUGGUAUUUAAGCCGUUCGAGGAGCGUUUGCUGCCACGUUGGAGGACUGAAGCACACAGGCUUGGUUCAAGAUGCCAAACUGGGGAGGAGGUGCCAAGUGUGCAGCCUGUGAGAAGACGGUGUACCAUGCAGAGGAGAUCCAGUGUAACGCGAGGAGCUUCCAUAAGACCUGUUUCAUCUGCAUGAGCUGCAGAAAAGGGCUGGACAGCACCACGGUUGCAGCACACGAGUCUGAGAUUUACUGCAAGUCCUGUUACGGGAAGAAAUAUGGGCCAAAAGGCUACGGAUACGGGCAAGGAGCUGGAGCUCUGAGCUCUGAUCCUCCUGGACAGAAUGUAGACCUGCAGCCUCAUGAGUCUAAACCACAACCAGCUUCUUCAAACUCCAACGCUAAUAAAUUUUCCCAGAAGUUUGGGAGUUCAGACCGCUGCCCUCGCUGCUCCAAAGCCGUCUACGCAGCAGAGAAGAUUAUGGGAGCAGGAAAGUUUGCUACGCCAAAAACUUCGGCCCAAAAGGAUUUGGACUGGGGAACGCGGCCAUGUUGGAGGAACGAGAGUGAAUGCUUCUGAUUUUAAAAGAAACCUCAAACUCACGUUCACUGCGUCACAUGGCAACUGUUUCUAUGGAGACUCAGCCUUUUACACUGGAUGAUGUUUGUUAUACAUGCAGACGCUAUAUUGGGACUCACAGUACCGGGCAGCUAAAAUAACAGCAGAGUCAAGCAAUCUUGAAAACUGGGUAAAAUGUUGCCUAAUACUUAUAAUUAAUCAUUCUGAGUACAAAAUAAAACUAUU